AUGGAAACUCUUUUUCUUGUAGCUAUUCUACUUCUGGCUCUCUCCUCUUCCUCUUUCACACGAGGCCAAACAAUCGUACAUAUUCCACCACCACGUCCAUUAUGCGCCUCUCAAUACGCGCUAGCUAACUACGCUUGUUCGCGUCUCCCAAUGAACACUGUCCCACUUCCUUCCCCCAUUGCCCCACCUCCUCCUCCCAUAUUUCCUCCUCCUGACCAUGACCACGACCAUGACCACGACCAUGAUGAUGAUCACGAUCACGACCAUGACGGUGAUGACCACGAUCACCAUGACCACGACCAUGACGAUGAUGACCACCACCAUAAUCACCAUGACCACGACCAUGAUCACAACCGCGACCACGACCAUGAUCACAACAACCACGGUCAUGAUCAUGAUGACGAUGACCAUGACCACCACCACCACAACGACAACAGCCACAGACGCCACCAUCGGCGCCGUCACCACCACCACCAUCAUCAUCACAGACACAGAGAGGAGACGUACGCUCAGCAAGAGUGUUGCAAGUGGGUGAAGCAAAUGGACAACGAGUGCGUGUGCGACCUUCUGGUUAGGCUGCCGCCAUUGCUAGCGAAACCAGCUCAUAACUAUACAGUCUUUGUGGAUGAGUCCUGCAUUGUCACUUUCACCUGCGGAGGCAGACUCAUUCGCUGAUCAAUCCCUCUUUCACUCUCAUUGUCUUAAUAUCCUUUUGUUUAUCGUCUUUUCUUUAGCUGUAAUAAACAAAAUAUUCCUUUAUUUCACUCCCUUCAGUUUAACUGCUGUGUAUGUUUUACACUUGUCUAGUCAAAAGUCAACCAAACCCAAAAAGAAAGUCAGAGCGUGAUUAUCAUUCAUUAUCGCGAGCUUCGCUCGCUCUAAUACGCGCGAA